GCGGGCGGGGCCGGCGCUGAGAGUGUGGGGCUCGGCUGCCGCCUGCCCUUCCCCAGCCCGGCGGCAGCAGCAGCAGGCGCCGCGGACAGCUCGGCCCGCGCCCGCACCAGGAGCCGCCGUCGCGCGGGAGGGGCAGAGUUCAUUGUUAACCCUCUCGGACACACUGGUGAGGCAGUACCUUUUGCCUGAAGAGCCACUGAGUUGGCUGAGGUUUGGAAGAUGGGGAAGAAGAGCAGAGUCAAAACUCAGAAGUCAGGUACAGGAGCCACAGCAACAGUUUCUCCAAAAGAAAUGUUGAAUCUAAUAAACGAAUUAUUACAAAAAUGCAGCAGCCCAACCCCGGGUCCUGGAAAAGAGUGGGAAGAGUAUGUGCAGAUUCGAGCUUUUGUUGAGAAAAUCCGCAAAAAACAAAAAGGUUUGUCUGUUACCUUUGAUGGGAAAAGAGAGGACUAUUUCCCUGACCUAAUGAAGUGGGCCACUGAAAAUGGAGCAUCCACAGAGGGUUUUGAAAUAGCUAACUUUGAAGAAGAGGGAUUUGGUUUGAAAGCAACAAGAGAGAUAAAGGCAGAAGAACUGUUUCUUUGGGUUCCUAGGAAAUUGCUGAUGACAGUUGAAUCUGCCAAAAAUUCAGUGUUAGCAUCGUUGUAUUCUCAAGAUCGAAUUCUCCAAGCCAUGGGCAAUAUCACACUGGCAUUUCAUCUUCUUUGUGAGCGAGCCAGUCCUAAUUCUUUCUGGCUGCCAUACAUUCAAACUCUCCCUAGUGAAUAUAAUACUCCUCUGUAUUUUGAAGAAGAUGAAGUUCAGUAUCUUCAGUCAACUCAGGCCAUACAUGAUGUCUUCAGCCAAUAUAAAAACACAGCUCGGCAAUAUGCCUAUUUCUACAAAGUCAUUCAAACCCAUCCUAAUGCCAGCAAACUGCCUUUAAAGGAUUCUUUCACUUAUGAUGACUACAGAUGGGCGGUUUCCUCUGUUAUGACACGACAAAAUCAGAUACCAACUGAAGAUGGUUCUCGAGUUACCCUGGCACUGAUUCCUUUAUGGGACAUGUGUAAUCAUACCAAUGGUCUGAUCACUACUGGUUACAAUUUAGAAGAUGACCGAUGUGAAUGUGUAGCACUUCAGGAUUUCAAAGCUGGAGAGCAGAUUUACAUUUUUUAUGGCACUCGGUCAAAUGCAGAGUUUGUGAUCCACAGUGGUUUUUUCUUUGAUAAUAAUUCACAUGACAGAGUGAAAAUAAAGCUUGGAGUGAGUAAAAGUGACAGGCUGUAUGCUAUGAAGGCUGAGGUUUUAGCUCGUGCUGGCAUCCCAACUUCAAGCGUUUUUGCCUUGCACGCUACUGAGCCUCCAAUUUCUGCCCAGCUUUUGGCUUUCCUUCGAGUGUUUUGUAUGAGUGAAGAAGAGCUGAAAGAGCACUUGAUAGGAGAACAUGCAAUUGACAAAAUCUUCACUCUGGGCAACUCUGAAUUUCCAGUUAGCUGGGACAACGAGGUUAAACUUUGGACAUUCCUUGAAGCUAGAGCAUCCCUUCUUUUGAAAACCUACAAAACCACUGUGGAGGAUGACAAGUCCUUCCUGGAGACCCAUGACCUUACUUCUCAUGCGACAAUGGCUAUCAAAUUGCGCUUGGGUGAAAAAGAGAUUUUGGAGAAAGCAGUAAAGAGCGCAGCUGCCAACAGAGAGUACUAUAACAAACAAAUGGCAGAUGGAAACCCCCUUCCAAAAUAUGAAGAGAGCAAUAUAGCCUUGCUAGAGAACACUGUGGCUGACUCUAGACUCCCAAUUGUCUUGAGAAACCUAGAGGAAGAAGCAGAGGAGCAAGGGAACUUAAAGAUUGGUGAAGCCAUUGAUGCAGAAGUCACAGAGAAUGGGUUUGUAAAUGGUGAAAACUCUCUACUUAAUGGGACCAAAUCAGAAAAUGAAAAUCUAAAUCAAGAAGAAAGUAACAGAGAGACUGAAGAUGCCAAAGAAUCUUCUUCAGACAGCACUGAUGAGGUUAAAGAAUAGAGAGAAUAUAAAGUUUGACUUUAUUGUGAAAUUAAAAUUAGCCGAAGUUUAUGAACAGUGCAUUUACAUUGGUGUGUUUCUUUGUUAACAUUUCUCUUUCUGCAGAGGAAAAAUGUUUUUGCUGCUUUAUAUAAGAAAAAAUGAUUUUUUUUAAGUUAUUUAAAAAAUUUAGCAUCCUUUUUCAAUUAAGAUUGCCAUCUUGCUUUCAGGCAAAAACCUGGGGAAAGAGGUGCCUUUGGAAGAUUUUGCAGCCCUUUGUGGAACAAAUGUAUUUUCUUCCUGGGGAAGAAUUAAGCUCUUCUAUCUGCUGUGCUUUUGUUGUUCUGUCACUCUGACUACCGAAAUUAAAAGCUUGCUCUGCCUCCUGCCAAGAAAAGCAGAAGGCAGGACUGACUCGGUAUUCAGCAUGAAGGUGGGAGAGCAGUACAGCAGAAAACUGGAUAAGAGGAUCAGAAACUUGGGAGACUGGAAGAAAACCUGUUUAAAAUCAGGUGCACCAGUCCAAAAAAAGGUAAGGUGGCAACCUUAUUUUCAAUAGUUUUAAAUGUUGAUGAGAAUCCUAAAAACACACUUACAGUGAUUUCUGAGGAUUUCCGUUUCCUUUUUUAUGUUUUGUUUUUACUAUAUUAAGAACAUUUCAUCUUUCUUCCUUAAAUCAAAGUUAGGCUACUACAGUACAACAUCCACCUAAUUUUAAAGGCUGACUUUUUUUUUUUUUCUUUUAAAGCGAUACUUUUUUAUUUACAACAACGGAGGUGGAAAUGGAGAAGUUGAAAGCAGAUAGGCCAAGCCACAGCUUUAAUCUGUGUUGUUCAGUAGGGUCAGGUCUCAGCUUCUUCAGGUUUUCACAAUUAGCUGGAGAUUUUCAAAGCUAAUUUUUUGACUGAACCAUUAUUAAAAGUAAAAUAUGAUUUAAUAUUCCUGUCUGCUAUUCUUUCAUUUUAUGUAGUUGGAUAUAACGCUGAAUGUGACAACAGUUAGCUUACCUUAUUUUGAACUUUAUCUUUUCGUUGAAAUAUAUUUGCUACUGUUUUCCUAAAGGAAGAAGAGCAAGCAAUACUGGUUUUUUUUUUUUGGUUUGGGGCAGACCAAAACCAAGUUUGCUGCAUGUGUUCCCACUUAUACUGUGUAGCAGUCUGAGGCACAUAUCUUGGCUUACCAAUACAGUGCCAAUUAAGUCUGUUAUCCAGCAGUGUUGGUUGUCCCUCUCCUCCAUAUAGUAAAUUCUGUGUAAAAAUUAUUCCAGCAUUAUAGUGCAAUACCAAAAUGACCGUAGUUUCAAGGCUUGGCUUUGAAAUGGCCUAUUUUAAUACGCAGCUUAAUUCUUUUGCUCAAUUUUUAAGAACUUUCCCACCUAACAAAACUAUCUUUUAAAAGUUCUAAGGAAUGGAAAGACUGGGCAAAGUAUGGAUAACUGUUUAAACUUAAAUAUAGCAACUUACUCAUCUAGGACUGGUGGCAGUAAAAUGCCAGUGGACAUAUUUAUUGUCUUAUUUAUUAGAUUUUUGCUUCUUUUACAAUUACAACUUGGAAAAAUGUGCUUUUGCAUAAAUCUUUGGUGCAAUACACAUGACAAGUAGUGACUUCCAUAUUGCCAUAGCAACUUCGGUGUUCAACUAUGAUUAAAAAAAAGUUAAAUAGCUUUUUCUAAAUAUUUCACUGAGAAUGGUGUUUGGCCAUUACACAUGGGAUAUUGUUUUCCCAUUAACUAGAGGCUGGACCAAUAUUUUUGUAACUAUAUGCUGCCUGUAGGUAGAAUAGUAUGUAUUUUCAUCCUGACAGUUUAAAUGUCAUGUAAGUCACCACUCUUCAGGUUUUUUUUAUUAGAAACAAUAUUCAUCCACUUCUGCUUCUGCCAGUUGCAUUGCACAUAUAUCAAAGAAGGUGAGAUGAUAACACCUAACAACAACUUGUGUUACCUGAGCAUUAUAACUGUAAUCCAAAAUUUAAAUGAUUUGGUUUGAUACACUGUAUUCUGUUUCAAUGUUUGCUGUUAUCUAUGGCUUAGCAAACUCUGGUAACCACAGGAUAGAUCGUGUGGGUUUUCUUGAAUAAACUUAGUUCUACAAUGUC